AUGGCCAACGCUAUCAAAGACUUCUUCAGAAAGAAGAAGUUGGACGCGAAGUUCAAAAUGGCUGGAAGUGGACACCUGUUGGCAGACAACAGCACACCUUCAGCGGCCACUUCGUCACCAACUUCUUCAUCGACCAGUACUUCAAAUACGAGUCAAUCGAACCGCAAGAAUAUGACGACUCAAAAGGCAGCCGAAGCCGCCAUCGAACGCAUCCAAAGACAACAAACGACUAAUAAAAGCAAUACUUUAGAGAAUAUUCUUCAGGAGGAAAGACAAAAGAUUAGCGAAGAAUACAAAAUGAAAGAGAGAGCACAGUCUUUAGUGAAAGAAGAGGAAAAACUGGAGAAGAAGUAUAAGGACUUCGAUGCAAACCAACGGUUCAGUUGUCCCACAAUUGGUUUAAACGAAUCGCUUUCAAGUGAUGAACUGUUGUCAAGAAUCCUUGAUUUCAUUCAAACCAAUUUUGCGGACGAUCUCACUUUGAUGUCUGUCUUAACGCUGAUUAACUGCAACAGUGGUAGUGAUAACUCUGAGCAAAGGAUAGAUGAGUGCAUUAAGACAUUGGAUAAAGUGGUCACUAAUUUAGGGAACAGUACUGUCGAAGAGAGAGAAAAGUUCAGUAAAAUUAGAAAAUCAAAAAUUGAGAAAAAAGUGUUGGAACUGAAGGGCGGACUCGAGUUCUUGAUCUCAAUUGGUUUUGAACUCGACUCGACUGAGGAAUGGCUUAUUUUUAGUGAUAAGGCUUCCGAUAUAAGCGAACAAAUGUGUUAUUAUAAGGAUGUGCUGAAUAACCCGCAAAAGUUUCCAAUAGUUCUGGACAGACAGGCAGUACGUGUUGAGAGCAAUGAAAAGACUCCAAAAGACGACUUAAGUGACAAUUUCUUCAAACUAUCGACUGAUGAAGUGGUGCGUGAAAUGCAGACAUUGACUCAAAAGAGAGAAUUGGAGGAAACGCUGAGAACCAAAGCCAUGAGAGAGCAAAAGCACAGGAGAUUUGAUGCAAAGUAUUCUCGACUUAGGUUUAAGUUCGCAAACGGUCUUCAAAUUGAGGCCACUUUCGCAGCCAAUGAGACCCUAACGGACGUCAAGGACUGGAUAUCAGAGCGGUCGGAGUUAACAGACUUUAACCUGAAGUGCGUCCACGAAGUGUUCACUGAACUACACGUUCAUAAAACUCUGAAAGAACUAAAUCUGGUGCCGACGGCAACCCUUCUCAUUGUAUCCUAAGAUUAUGAUUACAGUACCGUAAUUGCAAUUAAUAUCACAUUUAUAUGCAUAUAAUUGUAAUUACAAUAAGUUAUACUGAA